AUGGGAUACAGAGCAUUACCAAAAAGCAGUGAAGAAGUUGGAGGCAGGGGAAAGCCAAAGGGAGGAUCAAAGUUAAGAGAAGAUGUGAUCAUGAAUAAAUAUGAAGCAAGCAGCGAGGAGCUGAUUGAGGUUUGUUUUUUAAGUUCUUGUCCUGAUUUUGCUCUUGGGGCUGAGGGAGCGGGGAGCGGCCGAGGGGACCGGCGGGGCUGGGGGAGCGGGGAGCCGCUGCGGGCCCGGCGGGCUCUGGCGGUGCUGCGGGUGCGGCUGUGCCGAGGGCGAGGCGGGGCCGGGGCCGGCGGGCAGCGCUGGCUGAAGCCGGGCGGGCCGACGGGGCCGGGCGUUGCCCGGCGGGCGGUGGAGCGAGAGCGGCCGGUGCGUCCGUUGUCGGGGAGCGCCAUGGAGGGGCAGCGGCUGCCCGGCGCUGUGAACCCCAGCCACUUCCCGGCCAAGCUCUGGCAGCUGGUGAACAGCCCGCGCUGCGGCUCCGUGCGCUGGGAUGCCCGUGGCGAGGGGCUGCUCAUCGACCAGCGGCUCUUCGAGCGAGAGCUGCUGGGCGCGGAGGCGGCCGGCGACGGGGCGGCGCUGGCCGCCGAGUUCUUUAAGACCAAGAACUUCGGCAGCUUCAUCCGGCAGCUGAACCUGUACGGGUUCCGCAAGCUGGGGCCGGGACCCGGGCUCGGGCACCUGCAGGACCCGGCGGGGGGCGAUUGCGGCAGCGCCCCCGGGGCCCUGCUCCACUUCCACAGCCCCCAUUUCCGCCGCGACCGCCCCGACCUCCUCGUGUGUCUCAAGCGGCGGACGAGCGCCAACAAGGCGAAGCUGGCGGCCGCCCUGGAGCUGCCCAGCCGCCCGGCCCAGCUCUCCCAGUGCCUGCCCUCGACGCUCGGCGAGGCUGCCAGACCCGGACUGGUGACUGCAAGGCAGAUUCCUCAACCUUGUCGUCCAGACAGCUGCUUUCCCAGCUGCAACAGAGCGGCCUCAUGCCAGGACCCCCACGCUUUCCAGCCAACAACUUCCCAGCAGCCUCCGGCCCCGUCCAGACCAUGGCAGGGUUCUGUUGGGUCGCUGCCAGGGCACUGGGUUUCCCCAGCUUUCCCAGGCCAGGGGGCUCCCUUUCCAGUCAUCCGCAAGUGCUGCACGGAGGUCACAUACACUCUGCAGACGGUGUGCUCCCUUCUGCCGCUUCAGCGAUGGGCUCCAGCUGGUGCUGCCCUUCCCGAACCCGGCAGCUGCGCGUCUCCAGGGCAGUGCUUGCAAGGCCUGGAUCCAACACGUACGGCAAAAGUUCUCCACUUGCUGCUCGAGAAGUUCCUGCAAAGUGGUGCAUGA